UCGAGGCACAAUACCAGGGAGGAGGGUCUGAGACAUAGCCUUGUGGGGCGGCAUUGACGAGAGGGAAGAGACGAGAUGAAUACACAGAGCACGCUUUAGGAGUGGUAUAAGCGAGACGGGAGCGUAGAGGGAGUAUUAAAACGCUCGUCGCCGACGGCACAAGUCGAUCCGAUGGAGGGACCAACACCAUCAGGCUUUCGGUCCAGACUCAAAGCACUACCCAAGAAGAACGUCAUCAUCAUCGCCACCAUCACGAUGCUCAGCACAGCCGGACUCACCAUCGGCCUCGCGGUCGGCCUGUGCGCGGGGAGGUGCACGGCGCGCGGCGCGGACGAGGCCCGGGCCAACGCGUUGUGGCAGCCGGCGGUGGGCACGCAGUGGCAGAUCGUGCUGCAAGACAGCAUCUCGGUGGGGGCGGCGGCGACGCCCGACGUGCCCGUCUUCGACAUCGACCUGUACACGAACACGGACGACGGCGCCAACGCGGAGCGCGUCAUCGGCCGCCUCCACGCGCUCGGCAAGAGGGUCAUCUGCUACUUCAGCGCCGGCACCUACGAGCCCUACCGCCCGGACUCGAACCGCUACCGCGAGGCCGACCUCGGCGCCGCCCUCCCCGACUGGCCCGACGAGCGCUGGGUCGACAUCCGCGGCGACAACGUGCGCAGCAUCAUCCUGGGCCGCAUCGAGCUGGCCGCGAGCGUCGGCUGCGACGCCAUCGACCCCGACAACAUGGACGGAUACAGCAACGAGAACGGCGGCGGUUUCUCCCCGCCGCUGACGGAGCAGGACUCGAUAGACCUAACGCGGUGGAUGGCGUCGGAGGCGGCGAGCCGGGGGUUGGCGACGGGGCUGAAGAACGCGCUGUCGAUCAUCCCGGACGUGGUGGACGUGGUGCAGUUCGCGGUCAACGAGGAGUGCUCCGACUGGAGCGAGUGCGCUGAGAUGCAGCCCUUCAUCGCCGCCGGCAAGCCCGUCUUCCACAUCGAGUACCCCGACGGCGCCGGCACGAGCAGCGGCCUCUCCGCCGCCGUGCGCCGCCGCCACUGCGAGGCCACCGGCACCACCGGCUUCUCCACCGUCCUCAAGACCUACGACCUCGACGGCUGGGUCCAGUACUGCGACGGCGCCAUCUUCACCACGCCGACGGCGUAGGCGAGGGCUGGGAAAGGAUCAGGCGAAGGAUGCCGGCAAAAUUUGACGCUCGAUCUUAUGCUUACUUGUAUAUAUGUGUGUAUUUACGUGUACUUCAUUUCGUCUCACGGCCACUGCUUCGACCGCCCUAGGGAGCUCGGUCUCUAGCGAAAGGAGGCGCUAAGGCCAUGAAAACAAUAGAACGAUCGCGUGUUUGGGGGCAGGGACAAGAUUGUUCCCGAUUGACAGGUGACAGGUUAUAACGGUUGAGCAGCUGAAAUUCGUGCCUUAUACCGACUAGUUUCGUCGUUUUCUU